AUGAAACAUCAACACCCUCGGCGCCCUCACCACCCUCGCCGUCGCCACUAUCUCCUCGACCCCGACCCCGACCGCGACCGCGACCGCGAGCACGACCUGCACUCCGACCACGACCUACACCACGUACACGACCCCGGCUUACUUCCCACGAUGACGGUUUACGGUCCGGAGAUGACUGUAGAGUCUGCGUCUGAGAUUGCUGGGUGCUUGGUAAGUUUCGGGCACCUCGAGGGCGCCCCCGACGCCGUACACGAAGUGGAUCCUGUAUAA